AUGCUUCGGACGCGCAAUCUCUUCAUCGUCUGCCGAUUUUCCAGCUCGGGUUUCCGGCGACAGGAGCGCCACAAGGAGAUCGACUUUCGCGAGCAUCCCAAGAGAAGAAUAGCCAUCUCCUUCUACUACUACGGAUGGGCUCACGAUGGGCUCCAAAGCCAGAAGAAUGGCGCUACAAAUGCUGUAGCUGACCAUUUGAUCUCGGCGCUGAAGCGCGCGAAUCUCGUCGAAGAGCCGGCUUUGGCGCUGCUCCGCUUUUCCGGCCGUACUGAUGCCGGAGUCUCAGCCAUGCGCCAGGUUGCUUCUUGCAUCGUAAGGUCUGGCGACCCGCAGGGCGAGGGCGUCUUCUGGCCCGAAGGUUCCUCCGCCUCAAGCGUCGAGGAUUAUCCACACAGAUAUGGCGAGCUUCCGUAUGUGAAGAUGCUCAACAGAAACCUGCCCCCUUCCAUCCGGGUCCUCAGUUGGGCACCUGCUGACGUUGAUUUUCAUCCAACACAUGCCCUCUCUCGCUCGUACAAAUAUGCGAUGCCCAGAGCCGAUUUGGAUAUUGGAAAAAUGCGGAUGGCUGCCGACUCGUUGAUUGGGGAGCACGAUUUUCGUCACUUCUGCAAGAUUGAUGCAAGCCGCACGGAUGCUUCAUACGUUCGUCACGUCAAAAGUAUUGAUUUACAAAUCCAGGGGGACGCUGCCGAUCCCUAUUCUCUUCUCGUGCUUUCGAUCACGGCGAACGGGUUUCAUUACCACAUGGUGCGCUAUAUGGCCUCGGUUCUUCAGUUUGUCGGAAGAGGGUCGGAAGAACCAGAGAUAACAUCCCAGCUCCUCGAUAUCAACAAGGUCCGGGCGCGGCCGAACUAUAGCAUCACAAAGUCGGAUCCGUUGCUUUACAUGGGACCGAAAUAUGAAACGAAAUUGGACUGGCGCCAAGACGAUGAUGAUUUGAGCAGACAACUGACAAGACUGCAAAAAGAUUGGGUACAGCUGAGAAUGCGAAGCCAAGUGAUCGAAAAUCUCAUCGGUGAAGUCAAGAGUAGCCUGCCAUCUGAGAAGAAAGCCUCCUGUAGCGGGUUGCUGGAUGGUAUACAGGAAGGCUACCGACACCAGUACAAGCCGAUCUUCCAAUUAGAAGAUUGCUUCACGCUUGACGAGAAACGGCGAAGAUACGCGGAGAAGAAGAUUAAGAAAUCUUUAACCAAUGCUGCAACUAGGGGCGAA